AAUCACUUCAGCUUCAAACUUUAAACGUGACCACGUUCCUCCGUCCGCCCGUUUAUCAUUUUGUCCUAGCACUCGUUAGUCUCUUUCCCCUGUUCGUGUGAUCAGGUCACCUGGGCGGUAGUUUAGUCGUCCCUGCACUUUACCUGAUGUCAAGGCGGUUAGACAGAAGGAGACCCCUCCCACCUCUGCUAAAAAGCCAGGACAAUCAGGACUGCCAUCCUGAUUGUGAUAGGGGUCUCAUACACCCAACGCACACGAGAGACAAAGCUGCAAGUGCACGGAGGGCACGCCGCGCCAUAACACAUGAUCUAUAUAGCCGUGCCUAGGUGUUCCUUCAUCCACUUAAGCACCCGCCCCACCAGAUUCGAGGAUAAACCUGUUCACCCGACUUAAUUCUUCUGUCUUACCUACCAGGCACUUCACACGCUUGAUAUCCACAAGCGUCGGACACGAAACGCCCCCGCUUAGCACCUUCUGUCAUGUCUCGACAGCCAACAUUCUCGAGCAUCAUCCACUUGCGUGAUUUUGUCGACACCAUUACCGACGAUUCGACUCGGGACGCUCCGAAUUACGCCGAGAUCCGCGCGGACAUCAACAUCUUCGGCGAAGACGGCUUUUACAGUCCUGAUAUUAUCGCCGAGCCGAUUCGCACCCGCAUCCACGUCUAUAUGACGCGAGACGAACGAGACCUAUACCUUCCCAACACCUUCUUUUAUGCCGAUGGCCGCUUCUCGAGGGUCCUUUCCGCAGACGGUGAUUUGGAAAUCAGCAUCCAGGCACUGAGCUUGAUGAGGCACCCAGGAGACGUGGCCGACUUCGACGAGUACCGCCGCCACUUGCCAGAACAAUGGUGCCCCAUGGUGACCGUCAUCGGCUCGGUCCGCGCUAGUGACGACGGCUCUCCUGAGCCUUCGGGACCCCGCCACUUCACCGUCGAAACGUCCGUCUACAACGCUUCAAAGGCCGCUCCGGUACAGUUCGCUGUAACUUGCUUCUUGGAAAACACCAAGCGUUGGCAAAAGGUCAAGACACCGCCGUCGGGCGCCUUUCUCAGUGUCACCGCGAAGGUCGCUGGUCGCACUGCUGACACGAAUCAUCUGGCCCUUCGCGUCCUUGAUCUAACGUACCUGCCAAGGCCGGCCUCGAUCGCGGCCGCACCAACUCCCAUUGCUACUCCGCCUUCGAAGCGAUCGAGUCGCUGGGAGGGCCGGGCGGGCCCGUCUACUCCCUCCAAGAGGCCGCGCGUCUCGGAACCUGCCAACGAACCAGCAAACCCAUCCGACAGAGAUACGACCCCGCCAGAAAUGGCCCAAACGGGACACGGCCUGCUUUGCACAGAGAAUUCCCCAGACUCCGCGUCCGUCCCAGCUCCUCCACCGACCGCUACUCGUCCUGGCGACUCCCCUCUCAGCUCAGCCCGGCCCCUGACGUCGGAAAGUGGGCCUCGACCGCAUCGCAGCCGCCAUCUUCCGAAAAAAUACGCAAAUUUGGAGCAGACCGCGGUGAACCGAAUGGAGUCCUAGGAUAUGUAGAUAUUAAAUAUAGCCCUUUUCCA